CAGCCAAUGAAGAAAGACAUGAUUUCCACUCUCUGCCCUUUGACGACUUUGAGCAUCCCGCCUUUAGCUACCAAAGACCUGAGACGAAUACUCUGCCACGCCGAGUGUUUCUGGAAUUAUUCAGAGGUUUAUUGUUUAGAAGGACAAGUUAAUAUCACAAGGAAAUCACAAUGUCUGCCUCGAUGAAGGAGGAUGAGCACGGAAUGCCUAUCUACCAGGGCCCGUAUCCGCUCAUCGACGCCGACCCCCAUUUCUUCCGUGUCGUCAGAUACAUGCGGCCCUCAGACUACGCCGUCUGGGCCGGUGUCGCGGCCGCCGCCCCGAUCUUUAUCGGAUUCUACGAGCAUACUAUCUACACCCGGUUCAGCACCUCGGUGAAGGAUACGCUCAUCGGAGUCGCGCAGGCGAUGAAGCAGGGACAUUCAAAGUUCGGAGUCAAGCCGUAUGUUGCGAUUGGUAUCUUUGGUGGAUUCAUGAUGGCUUAUGCUCGGAGCUGCGGCCGUUUCCUAGGCGCGACCGAGAACGAGCGCGAGCGCAAGAAAGACCUGGUCGAGCUGCGGACACGCGCAAUGAAGGGCCUUCCGCUCUACGGAACCUCGCAGCUGAACCCGGACCUGCAAAAGAUCAGCGCGAGAUACUCGCGCUACGCGUACUCGAUGCUGGGCGUCUUCCCGAUCUUCAACAUCGUCAACCACCCGUACCAUGGCGUUGAUACCGCAAAGUACUACAAAUGAGCUUGGUCUCGGGAUGGGUGGAGAGAAGGGGAGGAUAAGGAGUAUCCGAGAAUGAAUUCUGUUCAUUCUUGAAG